AUGGCAUCAACAGCAUCAGUCAACGGGGUUACGCUGGACAAUCUCGACAAGGUCUGGCCUCGUUGGGAUCCCGCCGACUCGAAUCAUCUCUAUGCCUUGGUUGAUAUGGGCAGCAAUGGCAUCCGGUUUUCCAUCUCCGACCUCUCCCCGCCACAGACUCGGUUGCUCAAGUGCCUUUACCAGGAGCGAGCCGCCAUCUCCCUGUUCGAUGCCCUGAGCGAGUCUUCCUCUGGUGGCCCCCUUCUCUUCCCCAAAGAGACCAUCACCCUCGUGUCCGAGACGCUGGCCCGGUUCCAUGCCAUUGCUGUCAAUGACUACGGCGUACCUCCCGAUCAUGUCACCGUCUUUGCUACAGAGGCCAUGCGGAAAGCCGACAAUGCUGCUGCAAUGCUACAAGCCAUCGAGGCCGAGGUCCCUGGACUUGCUGUCAAGAUUCUGGACGGCCAAGUCGAGACCCUGUUUGGCUCACUGGGAGCAAGAUCUGCCUUUUCUCGUCCCAAGGGUCUCUUUCUUGACCUAGGCGGUGGCAGCGUCCAGAUGACAUAUCUGGACACAACUGGUCAAGAUGCCGACUAUCACAUCCAUGCAGCACAAGCCGGCAAGAGUUUGCCUUUUGGCGCUGCUCGUUUGAUCAAAAUCCUUGAACACAAGGAUGCUGACUUCAAGACCAAGGAGGUUUCGAAGCUCGAGGAAGGCAUGAAACUGGCUUUUGCCAGGCUUUGCGAGACAUAUCCUACUCUUGCGACCGAGUCCAAGGACACACAGGGCGUUGAUAUCUAUCUCUGUGGAGGAGGCUUCCGAGGCUACGGCAGCAUGCUGAUGCACAACGAUCCAAUCUCCCCAUACCCGAUCCCUGCGAUAGGCUCCUACAAGGUCUCGGGCGAAUUCUUUGCCAAGACCAGCCAUAUGCUCGAGGUCAACACCAACUUCAAGAAAAAGAUCUUUGGGAUGUCCAAGCGCCGCCGAGCCCAGUUUCCUGCCAUCGUUACGGUCGUUGAGGCUCUUAUCUCGGCAGUUCCACACAUACGAUCGGUCACAUUCUGUGCCGGUGGAAACAGAGAGGGUGCGCUCAUGAUCAGGCUGCCCCAGGAGAUUCGCGAGAGCGAUCCUCUGGAUUGUCUCCAACCAGAUGUAUCACUACAAGGCAUCGUUGAUAUACUGUCAUCAGCUCUCCCAGCCGAUUACAGCAACCCAAAGACGGUCUUUGGGCUUGGCCUUGGCCGCCUCUUCGCGAGCAAGAUUUGGUCCAACACCGGCGAUGAUGACCUUGCGAAUGCCUCUGCCGCUUUGCACAGUGCCAUCACGGAACAUCCCGAUUGUCCUGGUCUAUCACACGCGGCCCGGGCUGUUAUGGCUCUGACACUUUGUGCGAGAUGGGGCGGCAGCGUCACUCCGGCGGAUGAACAGCUGUUGAACAACUUGCGGGCAUUGGCUGAUACCGUCAACCCUGACGCUGUGUUUUGGGCGGGCUACAUUGGAGCCGUAGCUGCCGCACUCGCGAAACUGGCACCAACGGUCCAAGAUGCUCAUCAACUUGGAGACAAGGUUCAGUUUAGAUCGACCGUGGAACAGUUCGACGACAGCAAAGGGUUUCGAGUUCGCCUCAACCUCCAGGUCAUCGAAACGGCUCUUCGAGGCAUCGACACCGGGGACCUGAAAUCCCACUUCGAACUCGUUAGCACGCAGAGAGAGCAAGAUUCGGGGAAGAAGGUCGUUGUGGACAUCACAGCACUUUCCUGA